AUGUUGUCUUCAAAUACGUAUUCCAGAAACUGCAUAAAAGUUGUGGCAGGUUUUGAAUGUCCAGGAGGUCGACUAACACCACAGCAACGUAAAGAUAUCGUUCGUCAGAACAAUAAAUUUCGUUCAUUACUAAUUCAUGGAAAACUUAAAAAUAGGAAUGGUACAUAUAUGCCACGCGGCAAGAAUAUGUUGCUACUGAAGUGGAGUUGUCAGUUAGAAAAUUCUGCGCAAAGAUGGGCAAAUCAAUGCGUCUUUGGGCACUCUCCGAGAAAUCAAAGACAAGGAAUCGGUGAAAAUGUCUAUGCCUACUGGUCAUCAGAAAGCGUCGAAAAGCUUAGAAAUACCGCUGGUACGGAAGCCGGCAAAAGUUGGUGGUCAGAACUUCCGAAACUGUACAAACAGAAUCCUUCGAACAAUCUGACUGAUGAUGUUGCCAGACAAGGUGUUUUACAUUUCACACAGAUGGCCUGGGGUAAAACGCAUAAAAUUGGUUGUGGUAUAGCAACAAACUGCGAUGGUGGUCGCACACUCAUAGCUAUUUGCCAUUAUUCACCCGCUGGAAAUAUGCUAAAAGAACUGAUAUAUGAGCUUGGCGAACCAUGCAAAACGGAUAGCGAUUGUAACACAAAGAAAUGUGCCAAAAAAUCUGGAUUGUGUAGAAAAUGA